GCUUCCGUAAUUUCUUGAACAAGAGAGUUCUGUUUUUAACUUCUAGUGGCACGCUUGAGUGCGGUGUUUUUCUUGAAAGUUUGUAGUCAUUAGCAGAUCUUAAUUGUUUGAUAAAGCACCACUGGUUUCAGACAUGGGGGUGCCAGCCUUUUUUCGAUGGCUCAGUCGGAAAUACUCGUCUCUGAUUGUGAACUGUGUGGAGGAGAAGCCUCGUGAUGUCAGUGGUGUAACAGUGCCUGUUGAUACAAGCAAACCAAACCCGAAUGACAUAGAGUUUGACAACUUGUAUCUGGACAUGAAUGGCAUCAUUCACCCUUGUUGUCAUCCUGAAGACAAGCCUGCCCCCAAGAAUGAGGAUGAGAUGAUGAUCCUCAUCUUUGAGUUCAUUGACAGAAUUUUCUCCAUUGUGAGGCCGAGACGUGUUCUGUACAUGGCUAUUGAUGGAGUGGCGCCUCGUGCGAAAAUGAACCAGCAGCGGUCACGUCGCUUCAGAGCCUCCAAGGAGACAGCGGAAAAGAUUGAAGAUAUGAGUCGCAUCCGUGAAGAAGUUUUGAGCAAGGGCAUGUACCUCCCUCCAGAAAAACCAAAAGGAGAACAUUUUGACAGUAACUGCAUCACGCCGGGUACACCGUUCAUGUUCAAGCUGGCGGAAUGUCUCAGGUACUACGUUCACGACCGCAUUAAUAAUGACCCUGGCUGGCAGGGAAUCAAGGUCAUUUUGUCGGAUGCUAACGUGCCUGGCGAGGGAGAGCAUAAGAUCAUGGAUUACAUUCGCAGGCAGAGAGCUCAACCAGAACAUGACCCCAACACUCACCACUGCUUGUGUGGCGCUGAUGCUGAUUUGAUCAUGCUUGGUCUUGCCACUCAUGAACCGAACUUCACGAUCAUCCGAGAGGAGUUCAAGCCAAACCAGCCAAGGCCCUGUGAUCUCUGUGGACAGAUGGGUCAUGAGCUGAAAAACUGUGAAGGCAUGGCUAAAGAACCCGGUGCUGAUGAGUCCAUGGGUCUCUUUGGCGCGGAGCAGCAGUUCAUCUUUGUGAGACUGUGUGUGCUGAGGGAGUACCUGCAGUCAGAACUGGAGAUGCCCAAUCUGCCCUUCGAGUAUGAUUUUGAGCGAGCGUUGGAUGACUGGGUGUUCAUGUGCUUCUUUGUGGGAAACGAUUUCCUGCCUCACCUUCCGUCUCUUGAAAUCAGAGAAGGAGCGAUUGACAGAUUAGUGAAGCUGUACAAAAACACAGUCUAUAAAACUGGGGGUUAUCUCACGGACAGUGGAGUUGUCAACCUGAGUCGAGUGCAGCUUGUCAUGUCAGACUUGGGCAAAGUGGAGGAUGAGAUCUUCAAAAAGAGGAGACAAACUGAAUUGGACUUCAGGAGGAGAGACAAGAUGAAGAAGCAAAGGAUGAGACAGCAACAAUUGGCUCAAAGACCAAAGUGGAUGAUGGGAGGUCAAUUUGCUCCUCAAGCUCCUGGUAGAUCUGGUCCCGGCAGCUCCUCGGUGUCAAACCCCCGACAGGCAGCGUACGAGAGUCGUAAACAGAACAUGUCUGGUGGCGGGGCCACGGCCGAGCUCAAGUCUAUGCUCACCCGGGAGGGGGAGGACCAGCGGGGCCAGAAGAGGAGGCCAGAGAAUCAGGGAGGGCGGGGAGGGGAUGACAGCGAUGAGGAGCAGGAGCCCGCUGAUGAUGUCAGGCUGUGGGAAGAUGGCUGGAAAGAUAGAUACUACAAGUCCAAGUUUGACGUCGAUCCAGAUGAUCUUGAGUUCCGCUACAAUGUGGCCAGGCAUUACGUCCGAGGGCUGUGCUGGGUGCUGAGAUACUACUACCAGGGCUGUGCGUCUUGGAAGUGGUACUUCCCAUACCACUACGCUCCGUUCGCCUCUGACUUUGUCAACAUUGGAGACCUGGCCAAUGAUUUUGAGAAAAACACCCAGCCCUUCAAGCCACUGGAGCAACUGAUGGGUGUGUUCCCUGCUGCCAGUAAGAAACAUCUUCCCAUCACGUUUCAGACUCUAAUGGAAGACCCGGAGUCUCCUAUCAUUGAUUUUUAUCCAACUGAUUUCAAGAUUGACUUGAAUGGGAAAAAGUAUGCCUGGCAAGGAGUUGCCUUGCUGCCGUUUGUGGAUGAGACACGUCUGCACAAAGCCCUGGAGUCUGUGUAUCCGGAUCUGACGCCACAGGAACGCAAAAGGAAUACCAGGGGCAGUGACCGACUCUUCAUCGGAGCCUCUCACCCGUCGUAUGAUUUUCUGGAGGGACUCUACGAGGGAGGAGGCACAACUGACCAAGUUCCUAUUGAUCCCAAAUUGACGAAGGGCAUGGCAGGCAACGUCUGGUGUGAUGAGUACAAUAUUGAAAAAGGAGGGGUUGUGCCCACCCCUCUCCCUGAUGUUCCAGACAUCCAUGAUAACAAGUGCAUCACUGUGUGCUACUUGGAUCCAGUGUAUGACGCAGAUUUCUUGUUCCCUGCCAAGGUCUUGCCUGGCGCUGUAAUGCCGGCCCCGACCCUCAAGCCUGGAGAUUGGAACUCCAGGAAUCAGGGCCAGAGGUACAGGCCGCAGCUAGGCUUCCAGCCCAACAGUGGCUACAGAGACAACAAGGACAUGUCCUCAGCCAUGCGCAUGGUCAGGAACGCAACGGGCAUGGGAGGUCAGGGAUUUGUGAUGUCUUCUCAGAACAUGAUGCCCACCAUGAAGGCAGGGCUGAUGGGCGCUGCCCCUGGCCUGAUGGGGGCGGGGCCAGGUCUCAUGGGGGCGGGGCCUGGUGGUGGGGGGCAGUCCCGGUACAGCAACCAGGGGCACCAACAACAGCGAAGCUACAAUGACCCAACAACAGGGGCAGCAACUACCGUAGCGAGGACGGCGGGUACCAGAGUUAUCCCUCCGGGCAGCAGAGACAUCAGCAGGGGCGGCAGCAACACAAUCCACGGAAGAUGCAGAUGAGAAAGCUUACUUCAAGGGAGUAAGAAAGCAGUUUUUACCCAACACGUUGUGUUCAGAAUCUAUGUAUAGAUAUUCUGUUGUCUGACCCAUACUGGAUAAACUAUAAUAUUACCAUGAAUUAUUUCGCGGCCCGUAGCCAUAGACUGUCUACAUCUUCUUACUCACAGAGCUUCUUUUUUUUUUUUUAAACUGGCAUUGUUGAGACAAAUAUGAUUAGCCCCAUGUGUCCUUCCAGUUAUUUCCUGUUUUAUAUCAAGUCUAAAAAUUUAUUAUGAUUGAUAUGAUUGUACAUGUACCAUGCAAGGACUCCUAAACUGAAAGUAAAAGCUCCAGGUCUAGUUUUUUUGGUAUGAUGUUGGUCUUGAUAUUGUGUUCGGUGACGUGGUUGUCUGUGUGUCUGUCUGUCGAAGUCCCAAAAUUUACAUGCUCAGCGCCUGUAAGAAGAUUUGCGCGACAUUCGUUUAUAUGUCUAGGGAUAGAUAACAUUGAUGAAGCAAUGAAAUAUGUUUUGUUAGAAAUUGUAGAAUCUUGGUCUAGUGGUAGUCGAGGGGUUCUUUCAGUAGUUGGAUAGAGAAGGAAAA